AUACGUUCAUCAAACUAAAAAUCCUAUUGGAUUUCUAAACGUCAUCUGAUAUGACAUUUUCAAAAAAAAAAAAGAAUUUCUCUUUGGUACUCAAUUUUUGAUGUAUGCUGCAGUGUUGAGUGUUCGCCUGUCUCUAAACCAUGGUGACUCAAUACAGUCUUUCGUAACAGCUUAAAAAAAAUCAUUAAAAAUGCCAGUUCCCAGUUGUAUUUAGUGUUCUAUGGCCUGUGAUGUCUCAUAAUCGUUAGAUCUUUAUACUCGUAAGCAUACACAAUGUACAGCGAAACGCUUAUUUCGGUCAAAAUUUGAAGAGUACCACGUCGAGAAAUGGGUUCCAGGCUAAGAGACACAGCACGGCUGUUCGAAUUGUUUUGUGAAGUAUCACCCGGGGACCCCACAAAAGAACCACGGGAGCCCUAUAUCAUCAGAAAAUAUCCCGAAGGACUCAGAACAGAGGAUGAACUAAAAGAUGUUCCUAAGUUCACAUUCCCCUGUGAAUUAGAUACUACAUUCGUCCAGCACUAUUCUUUUGUGAUGACGGCUGUGGAUUCAAAGUAUACGUUUUGUUUCUGCCGAUACGACCCCAGAACGAACACCGCAUUAGUGAUAAUGUCUCACUUACCAUGGCACGAUAUAUUUUAUAAAUUAUUAAAUAGUAUAUCGAACCUAAUAAACAGUUCAGAGAAGGGAGAGCUGACGUCGUUCCUCGAGGCGUGUCGGAUCCGGCCGCCGAUGAAGGACCACACGCUAAAAGUGACGUACAACGCGGGCAGAAGCGUGUUCUCUUGCCAAAACCCCGACGGCCGUCUUCCGAGCAUCCCAGAAAAUUGUAAUUUAACGGAAUACUUCAGUGCGGUAGAUACAAAAUGCAUGGCAGGGUUAUGGGCAGCGUUACUACACGAAAGACGAGUCGCCAUCGUGGCAUCCAAGCCCUCCCGGUUAUCGGCGUGUGUUCAGGCGGCCAACGCAACCUUAUUCCCGAUGUCGUGGCAGCAUAUAUUUAUACCGAUUCUGCCUAAACAUUUUGUGGAUUAUCUGUUGGCGCCAAUGCCGUUUCUAAUUGGAGUUCCUGCUAGCGUUAUGAAGACUGUAAGGAUGUCGGAUAUAGGAGAUGUAGUAAUAUUGAAUGUAGACGAAAACGAACUGAGAUCUCCCUUCCAAGACUUAGAAAGUCUUCCGCCUGAAUUGGUAUCCAGUUUAAAGAAAGCUUUAAGUGAUAAGAAUGCAUUAGGGGACGCUGUGUCGCGAGCGUUUUUACGAGCACUAGUAGGUUUAAUAGGAGGGUACCGAGACGCGAUAAGAAUUGAAAAAGGUCAACAAAUAACGUUCAACCCUGAGGCUUUUGUGAGAACAAGAAAAAAUAUGCAACCAUUCCUUAAAAAAAUACUACAAUCACAAAUAUUUCAACAGUUUAUAGACGAAAGGUUAGAAUUGCUCAAUUCCGGCAGAGGCUUUAACGACGAGUUCGAAGUUGAAUGUAACGCCUACGCCGACAAACUAGGGACGGGCAGCGGCCAACGACUCAAACAGCAGUACAAAGACUGGGCCAAGACUGUGAAGAAAGAAGGCGGUGCCUUCUUUAAAAAUUUCAAAGAUAAGGCGAACCCCGCGGUACAGUCAGCUGUCAAAACGGUCCGGCAAGGAGGUAAAAACAUGAAGUCAGCGGUUAAGGGUCUGAAGAAUAAAAUACCCAAGACUGGUUCUCGGCCGUCGUCGAUCAAUACUACGGAUGACAGCAGAUUCUCAUGCGGCUCAGUGACCCCAGUAUCCUCGGAUUCUUCGGACUCGUCGCCGUCCCGCGACCCGCCGCUCCGCGACCCGGCGCCGCAGCUGCCCCUCGACCUGCUCACGGAGAUGGAGCACCUGUUCAAGAACAAAUCGCGCCGGGACAGCCUGCCCAACAGCCCGCAUAAUCAGCUGAGUCUAGCCGACAAAUCCAAAACACUGUCACCAAGUGUCCCACCCCGGUUACCGGAUCGUCCCAAACUCCCCCUCCGUUACCCAAUAAUUUCCACGAGGAAGUUGAUAGACCUGUCGGACGCGCCCGCGCCGCCACCCCGCGCGCAGCACCACGCGAACCACUCGCAUUUCGUCACUAACAUCACCAAAAACAGUGACGCGAGCGAUUUUCACACGAGCACUAUUCAGUUUACGGAGGGCAAGGAGAAAGGCAAGCUGAAGCUCACCAUGUCGACCACGCAGAGGAAGCUGUCCGACAGCUCACCCGCGCCCCUGCCCGCGCCCAACGGCUUCAAGCCGCCGCCCGCGCCCGGUCAGGAACCAAAUAGCUUACCGAGGCCCACGGCCCGAAACCUCCACAUACCGAAUAGAGGAAAAACUCAAGAGUCGUGUGAGUCCACUGAUCUCAUAAAACUGGACGAUUCACCGACGAAUCUAGAAGAUUUCGAUCCUCUCAAGUGCCGUGAUAAAAAUGAUAAAGUGGAGACAAACAAAGCGACGGACAGUGCUCUCUUGCACGAGUACGGGUUGGACUUUAGCCAGUUCGGCUUCGGCCUGCUGGAGGCGCCGGCGCCGGGCUCGAGCGCGGAGGCCCCGCCCUCCGCCGUGCCCAAGGGCUGGACUACCUUCAACUGAGUGAUUCGCUUUACUGUUCUGUUUAUUUUGCGUAUAUACCUUGUAGUCCCGUGCUAAUUUAAUUAUUUAUUUAUUGCUACGACUAUUGUAGCCACGGAGUUUGAGCAACAUACUCAUUGUUUAGAUCGAUAUUAAUGUACAUAAUGUGACAUAUCAAUGAAAUGUAAAAUAAUGUGUUGUUAAUACGUCGUAGGUAACGUUUUCUGUAUAUGUGUCGUAGGUUAAUGUAAUGUAAUGUAAUGUCAUAUGUAUAUUUCAGAUAGAUCAAUUAUUUUUAUGUGCAGAAUAGUCAAUAUUUUUUCAGAGAUCUUCCAUGUUGUUAUUGUUUCGGUUUUAACAUUUUAUACCAAUACUGUAUAUUCCCGUGAUAUUUUUAAACGAGACUCUCGGCCUUUGUAAAUAUACGAAAUGAAUCGAUUAGAAUGAUAUAAUAUGAUUACUAAAUUAUAACUUGGCGAUUUCAACAUCGCACUUUCGUCCAAAAACUUUAUAUAGAAAGUAGCAGAAUUUCAGUGUAAUUCGAGAUCGUAUAGGUUCAACUAUUGCUUUGUCGGUAUGUAAGACUCAAUUGUUUCGUAUUUGUAUAAGAUACUGAUGAGUGUAAAUCUUCGAAAGUACACAAUUCGAGAUUGCCAAUCAAAAUAGACACGGUUGUUGCCAAAGUAAAAUAAACAAGUUUUUGGACGAAAGUAUUCGUCUCAUAUUCAGCGAAUAAGUAGAUAGUUAUGAUAAAAUUGUACUGGCGUUCUAUAGCACAACGUUUUUGGACCUGUUAUUUGUCUUCGUGUUUGGGACAUAUGUCUAUGAUAUUGUAGUCGAAAAAAAAAAGCAUUAUUCUAACAGUUUAAUAACCAUGUGCUAUAUUUAAACAUUUCAUAGUCGCAAAAAUCAAUAUUUUUUUUUCUAUAUUCUAUCUAAGGCUUGUCUAUUCACAAGGCUUCAAUAUCGUUGCUAUAAGUCCAUGCUGCGAUUGAUGACAACAGUGUCCUUGGAAAAAACAACUGAAUUCCUCAUAUUCUAAAAUGUAGUCUAAAUAAACAAAUUUUCUUCCGUAUUUUUAGAGUAUAAUGUGUAAUUUAUAAACGAUUAUGUUGUCAAAAAGUACAAUUAGCCUUUUUAUGAUAAGGUAAUGCAGAUAUUUAGUUCUUAUACCAGCAAUAGCAUGGAUUUAAUGUAUACAAUCGUCUUUUCAUAAGGUGCUUUUACAACGGAAAAAGUAAGAAAGAAAGAAGAUUACAUUUGUUUAACGCCACAACAUAGUACAUAAAGAAAAAUACACUGCACGCUGAAAUAGGAUGGUUAUAAAAUUCUUAUCGUCAUUUGACUACCAAAACUCUGUAACUUGCAAGCUUGUAUCUCAAGACGCUCAAGUAGAUCGAUAAAGUUGAUCAAGGUGGUGACAUGACCAUCGUUAAAAUUAAAAUAAAUAUGAAAGUAGCGUGGUAGCUACGUUAUUUUCGGUUACUUGCUUAAGACGAUAGUGGACAACCAGUUUCCCAUGCAACCAUAGUGCCCAUUUUCCUCCCUGGCUUCGAUAUGGGAAACAUCUUUUACAUAUUUUAAUGUAUAUGGACCAUAGCUGUGCCCCUUCGUUGGAAUUUUUAAUUUUUUACAUUAUUAUCUGAGUUAGAAGCUUUUAGAUAUGUACGAGUAUAGGAGUUUAGGAAUAAGUUUUUCGCUCCUAACUCAUAUAAUUAUUUAAAAAAUGGAAAAAAAAACUAACGAAGGCAGAGCUGUGUAUAAAUCUUAUUUUAUAAAAAAUACUGUCCGUAAUAUUAGUAUUCAGAGAGGAAAGUGGGCACUACGUUUGUUUGGCCCCGGUACUUUUGUUCUAUGUAUUAGUCUCUGAAUGAGUUUUGGUUGUGAACUGACGUUCUCCACAAUAUAUACCGUACACUUUUUGGCUUAAACUACCGGUGUUGGAUUAAUCGAUAUGGGCCAAACAAACGCAGGCAUUUAGUGCAAUAUUAAAUAAAACAUAUAUCUAUCUAUACAGUAUACUGUAUAGAGAUAUUCCUAUUUACAAAAUUUAUUUUCUGUUUUAUGUUAUUUUUAAUUACUAGCUUCAGGGUGGCAGACAUUAGAAAAUAUAGUUUUUUUUUUAGAAAUAGACAUUUAAUAUUCCGCUAUCUUUCUUAUUAGGCUAUUCACACACAGAUAACGCUUUCUGCUGCGGCGAGAGCGCAAAUUAAUACAGUUAGAAUAGGCGGUUAGUCAAUCUCGCGGGCGAGAUAUUGUCGCGGCGCUCCUGUAGGCCUAGCACAUGAUUGGCGCGCUGAUCUAUGUCGCGGCGAGAUAGACUAACCGUCUUUUUCUAUGUUAAUUAUCGAGGGACGGGUAGUCUAUCUUGCCGCGAGUUAAGUACUGUCGCGCCAAUCAUGUCCUAGCCCGGUGGUGCUAUAAGCCUACUGCUAAGCCAAUGAGCGAAUUCGUUUGUUCUGAGAACGCUAUUGGGCUUAUGAGGGUAGAGAGAAAUUAUACGUUGUUAGGUGUGUCUUCACUUGCCGUGGCAGAUCGCGGUGUCAGCGUAUGAGGCGCCUUUCUGAGGUUAUAUAGAUACUUAAGAUACCUAAAGCAGCACAGAGGCUUACUAAAUAUCUAUUGUGAAUCUAAAUUGCAAUAAAAAAUAAAACAGUGAUUUUUGUACUACACGAUUCGAAGAUAUUUGUCGUUAAAUCUUCAUACCAUUUUGAUUUCAUUGUCCUAGAUUCAUAGGUACUAAUCCAGAUAUCUAUGCGCCAUAUGUUGUAAAUGAUGCUUUGACCUCUGUUUAAUGUCAUAACGGCAGUGUGACGUGAUUGAUUAGUACACACGUUUUAAAUCUCCUGGUAAAAUAUAUCUUGUCGUGUGUAAUACAGAUGUAGUGCAUAAUUAUUUUCCAUCGUAUUUUAAAGUCAUCGUACGAACGUGUCUUGCUAUUUCAGUCAGUCUCGGUACAAAUAGUACCGUGACUGACUGAAAUAGCAAGACGUUGACGUUGACUGAAGUGGCAUGACAAAUACGAACGUUUCCUAGAAAAUACUAUGGAUAACAAUUAUACACUACAUUUGUCUUUUUAUCCGAUUUACGUGAUAUAAAUCAAUUAUAUCAAUCUUUACGGUCUUAAGCGCAAAAAAGCAAAAAAUUUUAUUUUCCAAAUGAUACCGCCCGACGGCGAGAUAAGCUCUUAAUCCUGACAUUUAAAACAUUUAAGUAUUUUCUUUUCUAAUGUUUUUAGUACUGAGAUAAAAGUUGUCUAGCUUGAGCGUUAUCUCAAAGCUCCAACAUGGUGAUACAAAGACACGUUAAUAUCUAGGUAUAUACGGUUGAAAUGUAAUUAAAUGAUUAUAUUACUUUGUAACUAGUAGGUAAGCUAGUAAGCUUAGCACAUUAAUCAACCCAUUGAAAUCAAAUACCUGACAUGUAGUAGACACCAUAGACAUCGCGUUGUCUAGGUCUCGACUUUUCGUUGAAUAACUAUCCAAGACUUUUAUUGAGAUUCCUGCCUAAAUGAAAUCGGCCAGGUUCCUUUGCACUAGAUGCUCGGCGUUCCGCAAUGCAAUCGCUAGUCCAUUGUAUGGAGUACGCAUACUCAUUAUGUCCAUAAAAUAAAACGCAGUCGUUUAAAAAUAUUUUGUGAUCUACAUAUUAUAUUAUUUUAUUACAAACUUGUUGAAAAUCAUAA